AUGGAGCCCAUCGCCAUCGUCGGGCUAUCGUACAAGCUACCGGAAGGCGACAAUGAGGACCAUAGCUUCUGGGACAAUCUUCAAAGAGGCAGAAGCCUCAGUCGUCCGUGGCCUAAGUCCCGAGGCAACAUCGAUGCAUUUUACAGCUCCAACGUAGCGAUGGAUAAUACGGUAUACUCCACGAAUGCUCACUUUGUCAAAGAAGAUCCUGCCGCCUUUGAUGCAGCCUUCUUCUCCAUAACCUCGAAAGAGGCCGCAUCAAUGGACCCUCAGCAGAGGUGGCUACUGGAAACUUCAUACAAAGCAUUGGAGAAUGCUGGAAAUCCACCAGAAACCCUUGCUGGAUCGCAGACGGCAGUAUUUGCUGCUUCCAUGUCUGAUGACUACAGCAGAAUCUUGGCUAGAGACCCCGACGAAGCACCGACCAAUACCGCGACUGGUACUUCGCCUUCUAUCCUAGCCAAUAGGCUUAGCUGGUACUUCGACUUCAAAGGGCCUAGCAUCCAAUUGAACACGGCAUGCUCGACAAGCAUGAUUGCGAUGGAUUUGGCUUGUCAGUCGCUUCGUAGCGGCCAGAGCUCGAUGGUAACACUGCCCUCAGAGAUCGCUCUUGUUGCUGGAGCAAACGUCCUUCUCAGCGUCGAAAUCUCACUCUACCUAUCGAACAUGCAGAUGCUCUCACCAGACGGCGUCUCCUACAGCUUCGAUCACCGUGCUAAUGGCUACGCCCGUGGAGAAGGUGCGGUAGUGCUGGUACUCAAGAGGCUUUCAGACGCGAUUCGAGAUUCAGAUGUCAUACGUGCCGUAGUUCGAGCGACUGGCUCAAACCAGGAUGGACGCACACCAGGCAUUACGCAGCCCAGCGCGGAAUCGCAAGAGCAGCUGAUAAGACACGUUUAUAAGAGCUGCAACUUGGGAUUUGAGUCUACGCGAUACGUUGAAGCUCAUGGAACUGGUACUCAGCUCGGAGAUGCCACGGAGAUGAAGGCGAUAGGCAGGACCUUCCGGGCUAGCCGAUCACAAAAACACCCGCUAUAUGUUGGGUCCGUCAAAUCCAACAUAGGCCAUCUCGAAGGCUGUAGCGGACUAGCUGGAAUUCUCAAGUCUAUCAUGAUGUUGGAAAUGGGCGUCAUACCACCGAGCGCACUCUUCGAGAAGAUCAGUCCAAAGAUCAACGCCAAAAUCUACAAUGUUGAGGUACCUACGAAAUGCAUCGCAUGGCCGACCAAUGGGCUGCGUCGCAUCUCAGUCAACUCAUUCGGAUUUGGCGGUUCCAAUGGACAUGUCAUACUGGACGAUGCAUAUCAUACUCUCGAGUCCAUGAACCAACAAAGCUUCCACAAUACAUUGGUUGCUUCAACUCUGCAGAACUCACAAAUGAAUGGCAAUAUUCCAAAUGGAAACAUGGAUGGCACGAACGGUAACGACCAUGCCAGCGACUAUGAGGUGACUGCUGCUCCUGCUCAUGUUAAUGGCUCGACAACCGGGAGUACUACACAGAGUGUCAAGGCACCGGAAGGUGGUGUUCAGUUACUUGUCUGGUCAGCCAAGGACGAAGCCGCGUUACGACUCGUAAUACAGCAGUAUACAGACUACUUCGACAAGCGCGUAUCAGGGCACGAAGAGAAACUACGUCGCCUCGCGUAUACUCUGUCCUCUCGGAGGAGUGUCAUGGCGUGGAGGGCAUUCGCAGUCGUUGAUGCCAGCGAGAAGUCCACGACCAUCAGCGCUGCUACCUCGACCUUGACACGCUCAGCUCGAGAGGCCGGCAUGGCAUGGAUAUUCACUGGCCAAGGUGCACAGUACGCUCGAAUGGGCUGGGAACUGCUCAGAUUUCCCAUCUUCAAGUCAACCCUGAUUAGGAUCGGGAAUGUCUUUCGCUCAUUGGGCGCACCGUGGUCGCUACUGGACGAGAUGGAUCACGGGAACAACAUCAAUCAGCCCCGUUUCAGCCAGCCUCUCUGCACCGCUCUCCAGAUAGCACUUGUGGAACUACUAAGAAGCUUCAGUAUUGCGCCACUUGCAGUGGUUGGUCACUCCUCUGGUGAGAUUGCCGCAGCGUACUGUAUCGGUGCUUUGUCACUUGAGUCCGCAUGUAAAGUCGCUUACCAUAGAGGAAGACUGGCCAAUCAGCUUAUGGCAACUUUACCUCGUCCUGGAGCCAUGAUGUCAGUCAAUCUCCCCGAAAGUGGCGUUUCAGCAUACCUGGUCAAGGCCUCUCUCUCUGGAACGAUCCACGUUGCUUGCGUCAACAGCCCUUUCAACCUAACACUUUCCGGCGAUGAGACCCACAUCGACACGCUGAAAGAUCGGCUGGAUGAAGACGGCAUAUUCGCGCAGAAACUGAGAACUGGCGUAGCUUAUCAUUCUCCCGCUAUGCAUGCCAUUUCCGCGGAGUAUUUCUCGUCGAUAGGUCCACUCGAACGAGGCGAGCAACAAAGCUCGAUCUUCAUGGUUUCCUCUGUGACUGGCACAGUAGUUGAUGCCGAUGCCUUGGUCACAGGUAGUUACUGGGUCGAUAAUCUUGUAUCCCCCGUCAGAUUUGCGGACGCAGUGCGAUACCUUGCCGUGACAGCACCGAAGCUCGAUCGCAAUCACACUAUACAUGACUAUGUCGAAAUCGGACCUCACGCAGCACUGAAGAGGCCUACCACCGAAACACUAGGCCAAUAUACGACCAAGAAGCAAGCUAGGUAUAUGUCUUUGUUGUCGAAAUUCGAUUCUUCUCUCAGGUCGGCUCUGAGGACAAUCGGGUGCUUGUUUACGUAUGGAUAUACUCCGUCAAUCGAUGCCGCGAACCAACAAGAUGCUCAAAAGGAACGCCUGCAGAUCCUGGUUGACUUGCCUGAGUAUCCUUUCGAUCGUUCGCAGACAUACUGGCACGAGACUCGACUUAGCCGAGACUGGCGGAUGCGCAACAACGCACCAAGAAGCGUUCUCGGCAUAUGUGCUACGGACUGGAAUCCUUCCGAGCCGCGAUGGCGGAAGAUGCUUAGUCUGGAAGAGACUCCUUGGCUUGCAGACCACGUCGUAGGUGAUCAGGCGCUUUUCCCGGCUACCGGAAUGAUCAUGAUGGCUCUAGAAGCCGUAAAACAGCACUUUCAGACCGACCAAGUCAUUUUGGGCUACAAUAUCAAGGAAGCGACCUUCAUGAAUCCCAUUGUCGUUAGCUCCGAACCUAAGAGCAAGACAGAAGUGGUGACUCAGCUACGCCCGCUUCGUCAGGACUACGAGAAGACGUCGACACGUUCAGAAGUUCGUAUUUUCGCUCGAUCAGACAACGAGUGGAUUGAGUGUGUCCGAGCUGAAGUGCAUGUGGACUACGAAGAGACUGCCACGGAAGUAGAUUGCGGCCUUGAAGCCAGAGCUCACGCUAAGGCAUUGCUCGAUAGCUACGUUGCCGCGGAAGAACAAUGCAAGCUUCCUAUAAGCAAGACGGAAUUCUAUGACUGGCACAAGAACCAGGGCCUCAAAUACGGCGAAGCGUUCGCGUUGGCAGACAACAUCCACUGGGAUGGUGACGAGCUCGGUAUUGCCCGCGUCGACGUCAGUGCGCCCAUACAUUCUUACGAGGGGGUGGUGCACCCGGCCGUACUUGAUGCAGCUUGCCAAGUCUGCUUUACUGCGCCGUCCACUGGCAUGUCAGACAAACUACCAACGAUUAUUCCUCACAAAGUCUAUGAUACCUGGAUAUCAGCAUCUGGGUGGCAACACCCUCAGACUCGCCACAUCAGAAUGCUCACGACAUCAAGGUUCAAGAAGACGAUCAAAGGUAUCGAGAGCUCCUUUACGGCGCUUGCAGAUGACGGAUCACCGCUUUGUCAUGUAUCGCGUCUAGAGAUGUCGCCAGUGCUCGGUGCUGAAACGAAGAGCGAAGUAGAAAGGAAGCUGCUACAUGGAUUUGACUGGAAGCCGCAGUUAUCGCUCAUGAAGCCAAGCCAACUUCAGGCGUAUUGUGAAGCUGAUCACUUCGCAGAUGAUGAAUCAACGCACGUCAACUUCAUCCUCGAACUUGAGCAGACGAUUCGCGCUGUUGUUCACCGCAACCUCGGCCGGCUGGAAGACACGGACUGGUCUACAGCACCAACACAUAUGAAGAAAUACCUGGCAUGGCUCAAGCUACACCUUGAGCACGUCCCGAUACUUUCACGAUACGAAGUCACGGAUGAAGAGCUGAAUGAGAAGCUCAGUCAUCUGAGUACGCAAUUCCCGGACUGGAGAAUGUUUAUCGAGAUAGCAGAGCACAUUGUUCCCAUCGUACGCGGCGACAUCAACGCGCUUGAACUGCUUUUCUCGACGACCCUCGCUCAAGACAUAUACAAGGCCAUGUUCGCACCAGUUUACAACCAAAAGUUCAUCUCGUACCUCAGCCUAAUGGCGCACGAGAACCCAACACAGAAGAUCCUUGAGGUUGGUUCAGGGACAGGCGCUAUGACGGAACACAUUAUUUCCACUCUUCGCGACGUCGAAAACCGCACUGGCGGUACCGCAUUCUCUAGCUACACCUACACCGACGUCUCCCCAGGCUUCUUCGAGAAGGCACGCGAGAAAUUCUCUCAUAGCCAAGAUCGCAUGGUCUUCAAGACUUUUGAUAUCGAAAGCGACGUAACAAAACAAGGUUUCCAACCUAGUACCUACGACGUAAUUCUCGCCGGCAGUGUCAUCCACGCCACAAAGAAUCUCGCCGCCACGCUCCAGAAUCUCAGGAGUGCAUUGAAGCCAGGAGGUAAGCUCAUAUUCCAUGAGACUACAGCGCCAGACUGCUUUCUCAUGAACUUUGGCUUUGGCAUACUGCCUGGGUGGUGGCUCAGCGAAGAGAAAUUUCGGACGUCAGGACCAACGAUCACAGAACCGGAGUGGGAUCGCUUGCUACGAGAGAACGGGUACUCGGGCAACGACUUCGUUAUUCGCGAUUAUGAAGAGCCUGUUGCACAUCAAUGCAGUGUGAUCUUCUCCACAGCCGUCGAAGACCUUCAACCCUCACAGUCAGGUGGCAGAAUACUGUUCGUUGUCAACGAUGCCAACCAGUCUCACUAUGGUUUGGGUACCCAACUCUUGCAACGAAAGCCCCGAACAUCCCGUGCGACGACAAGAAUAUGCCUAUUCACACAGAUUGGCGUUGCCGAAGUGUCGAAAGAAGACAUCGUCGUCUUUCUCGCUGAUAUAAGUGGAGAUAUCUUGAUGUCCACUUCGACUGAAGCAUUUCAACUCAUUCGGGAGUGGGUGCAUGCAUCCGAGAAUCUCUUGUGGGUCUCUUCUGCUAUGCUUCCCAACAACACCGACUGCUCUCCUUAUCCCUGUGCCAGUCUCAAGGAUGGCUUUCUUCGGGCCAUGCGGAUAGAGUUUGCUAACAAGCGUAUCGUAACGCUCUCGAUUGAGGAUACGGUCCGCGACUGGAUCAGCGGAUGCGAUGCCAUUUGGGAUGUACUUGACGUAAUGUCCUCGGCGCAGUCGCCAGAACUGGAGUACGUGCUACGCGAUAGUCACAUGCUGACCGGGCGGCUCAUAGAAGAGAAGGAUCUGAACAUGGACUUGAACUCAUUGGUCAAGCCACAGAUGCUGACUGAGUCCUGGCUUCCCGGUCCACCACUCAAGAUUGAGAUUGGAAGCAGAGGCUCUCUUGAAACAUUGCAUUUCGCAGAAGACACUGAACAUCAUGCUCCCCUCGGAGACCGAGAGGUCGAGAUUGAGGCCAAAGCGUGGGGUUUGAACUUCCGCGAUAUGUUCCAGGCGCUCGGUCGCCUGGAAGAAGAUACCUUUGGCUCCGAUUGUGCUGGGGUAGUUACGCGCGUAGGCUCCGCCUGUACACGGUUUCAACCAGGAGACCGAGUCUGCAUUUGCGGUGUUGGAUGCAUGCGAAUGUUUCCUCGCGCUGACGAAUGGGCUACCGUUGAGAUUCCAGAGGCUGUCUCGUUCGAAGAAGCGUGUGCAGUACUAAACUGUGGCAUAACAGCCUAUUACUCCCUGGCCGAAGUUGCAAGAUUGCAAAAAGGAGAAAAGAUUCUCAUACAUGCUGCAUCUGGCGCGACCGGUCAGCUUGCUAUUCAAAUUGCCAAAUUGAUAGGCGCAGAAAUAUUCGUGACUGUGGGCUUUGACUUCAAGAAGCAGCAUCUCAUCGACCUGUACGGGAUUCCUUCCGACCACAUCUUUUACAGUCGAAACACGACUUUCGCGAAGGGAAUCAUGCGUCUCACAAAUGGGUACGGCGUUGAUGUCGUGCUGAACUCUCUUGUGGGAGAGGGACUGCGUGCCUCGUGGGAGUGCGUCGCUCCAUACGGCAGGUUUGUUGAGAUUGGCAAAGCUGACAUCAACGCCAAUUCCUCACUCCCAAUGGCGGCUUUUGCAAACAAUGUCUCGUUCUUCGCGGUUGAUCUGCGCCAUAUCGCUUUGAAUCGCAAGCAGAUGGGACGGGACUUGCUCCACAAGACGAUGGAUCUUGUCGGAGAAGGGCACAUACACUGUCCGAGGCCAUUGAACCUUUUCCCGGUGUCAGACGUUGAGGGCGCGUUUAGGUAUCUCCAGAGUGGGAAGAAUACUGGACGCAUCAUCAUCCAAAUCGAUCCUUCUGCAGAAGUGCAGAAACGCGUUCUGCGCCGUCUAUCGUGGCAAUUCGACCAGAACGCCAGCUAUGUCGUUGCCGGAGGACUGGGUGGCAUUGGGAGAUCCAUACUCAGAUGGAUGGUCUCUAGGGGCGCGCGACAUCUGAUCGUACCAUCGAGAUCUGGUGCUGCUUCGGGAGCAGCUGCUGAACUGGUGAGCGAACUAGCGGAGCGGGGGGUCAACGACGCGACAUUCGACAACAUGAGUCACACUCAGUGGGUUCAGACUAUCCGUUCCAAAGCCCACACUUCAUGGAACCUCCACGCCGUGCUUCCUCGAGAUCUGGAUUUCUUCAUCAUGUUAUCGUCGGUGGCAGGUGUCGCAGGCAACAUCGGUCAGUCCAACUAUGCAGCAGGCUGCACCUUCCAAGAUGCACUCGCACGUCAUCGAGUCCAGCACCAGCAGCGCGCAACGUCCAUUGACCUGGGUGUUAUGCGCACCAUCGGCAUCGUCGCGGAGACUGAACGCUUACACGAGAACUUCAAGAAGUCCGGCAGCCUCGGCCAGAUUGAGGAGGAUGAGUUCCUGGCACUGUUGACCAUAUACUGCGACCCAGAGCGUACCAACUUGCCGCAGACGAUAGGCAAAAGUCAAAUUGCCAUGGGUCUGGUAACUCCUGUCGAUCUGCUGGAGCGCAAUUUGGAACCAGCUGAGGUGUUGCAGCGGCCACUCUUCGCAUCCUUCUCGCAAGCCCAUAACACAAACCAGUCGAACACCCAGAAUAGCGUAAGCGCCGCUGCGUUGUUCAAUCUUGCCGAAGACGAUGAGCAGCGAGUUGCAGUGGUCCUUGAGGCGCUGGCGCGCAAACUUGCCCGCGCAUUGUCCAUCCCCCCAGAGGAGAUUGACGUUAAUAAACCCCUUCACGCUUUCGGAGUGGAUUCACUUGUCGCAGUCGAGCUGCGCAACUGGAUUGGCAAGGAGUUUGCUGCGGACAUUGCGGUUUUCGAUAUCAUGCGCGGUAGGACCGUGGCCGCAAUCGGGGAGCUGAUCACGAAGAUGAGUCAACUCAAGCGGACGAAGAAAACUGUGGCCAGUCUUGAGGCGGGUGCAUGA